AUGGCCAGACUCACCGAGGGCGAGGCGAGGAGGCAGCAGCAGCUCCUGCAGCCCAGAGCCUCCCCCAUGAGCAGCAGCAGCAGCAGCUCGGACCCCCCCGCGCAGCCGGACAGCAUGAAGGACCUGGAUGCCAUCAAGCUGUUCGUGGGGCAGAUCCCCCGCAACCUGGAGGAGAAGGACCUCAAGCCCCUCUUCGAGCAGUUCGGCAAGAUCUACGAGCUCACCGUGCUCAAGGACCGCUACACCGGCAUGCACAAGGGUUGUGCAUUUCUCACAUACUGUGCCAGAGAUUCAGCCAUCAAAGCCCAGACUGCGCUACACGAACAGAAGACUUUGCCUGGGAUGGCCCGUCCAAUCCAGGUGAAGCCGGCGGACAGCGAGAGCCGUGGAGGUAGUUCCUGUAGGAAGCAAGGUCCUGGGGACAGGAAGCUGUUUGUGGGGAUGCUAAAUAAGCAGCAGUCUGAGGAUGACGUGCUCCGGCUCUUUGAACCGUUUGGGGUCAUUGACGAAUGUACCGUGCUCCGGGGACCUGAUGGCAACAGUAAAGGCUGUGCUUUUGUAAAGUUCUCGUCUCACACAGAGGCUCAAGCAGCAAUCCACGCACUGCACGGCAGCCAGACGAUGCCUGGGGCCUCCUCCAGUCUAGUCGUGAAGUUUGCUGACACCGAUAAGGAGAGGACCCUACGUCGGAUGCAGCAAAUGGUGGGGCAGCUGGGGAUUUUCACUCCGUCUCUCACCUUGCCGUUCAGCCCGUACAGCGCGUACGCGCAGGCUCUGAUGCAGCAGCAGACGACGGUUCUCUCCACGUCUCAUGGCAGCUACCUGAGCCCAGGCGUCACCUUUUCCCCAUGCCAUAUCCAGCAGAUCGGCGCCGUCAGUCUCAACGGGCUACCAGCCACCCCUAUUGCACCCACCUCAGGGCUACACUCGCCUCCUCUCCUGGGCACAGCUGCAGUUCCAGGGCUGGUAGCGCCAAUCACAAACGGGUUCACCGGGGUGGUGCCUUUCCCGAGUGGCCAUCCCACCUUGGAGACGGUUUACGCCAACGGCCUCGUGCCCUACCCAGCUCAGAGCCCCUCGGUGGCAGAGACCUUGCACCCAGCCUUUACCGGGGUUCAGCAGUAUGCAGGUACCUCCAUGUAUCCGACCACGACCAUCACCCCGAUAGCCCAGACCAUCCCCCAGCCGCAUCCCAUCCUGCAGCAGCAGCAGCGAGAAGGUCCCGAAGGCUGCAACCUCUUCAUCUACCACCUCCCUCAGGAGUUUGGAGACAACGAGCUGAUGCAGAUGUUCCUGCCCUUUGGCAACAUUAUCUCCUCCAAGGUGUUCAUGGACCGAGCCACCAACCAGAGCAAGUGCUUUGGUUUUGUGAGCUUUGACAACCCGUCCAGUGCCCAGACUGCCAUCCAGGCCAUGAACGGCUUCCAGGUCGGCAUGAAGAGGUUGAAGGUUCAGUUAAAACGACCCAAGGACGCCAGCCACCCCUACUGA